AUGUCUAAUCGUGAGUUCAAGAAACUCCUGGCUCUGGCGUCAUCAAAUGCCGAUCAACAGAAACACGAAAUCGAACGUCUGAAACAGCAGGAGGCUGAGGAGAAGCGGCGUCGUGACCUUGCUGAGAAGCAGCAACAAGAGCGAGAACGGAAACAGGCGGAGUUUAUUCGACAACGGAAGCUCGAACAUGAGAAGCAGGAGGCAAAGAGGCGAGAAGUGGAGAAGAACAAGCUCAGUUACGCACAAGCGCGGGCAGAAAGACAGCGUCAGACGGAUGAGCUAUUAGGAGUUGCAGCAAAAUCUGGUGGAAAAGGUCAGACGGCGUCCGCUGCACGGUCGGCAGCUUCAUCGACCUCUGCCUCUAAAGGACAAGCACCAGUGGCCGCUGUUCCGCAAAAGCCUAAGUCUACGUCUUUCUCAGCUCUCAUGAAGCAAGCAGCGAAGGUUGAUCCAGAAGCGUUGAAAGCAUCUCCUAAGCUUCGUGAACAUGCAGGUUCGCCGUCCCGUGUUCGCACAUCGCGUUUGGGGAACAUGAAUCAGGGAGCUCCUAGUACCGCGAGCUCGCGUACAACACCUUCUGCGCAGUCCAUGGCGUCAUCCAGGCUUGGAAGUAAUCCUCCAUCUCGGAAUGGCAUGAGUGCACCAAGCUCCAUGUCAGCUGUUGUCAGAAAGGGCGGCAAGUAUGUGACUACACAGAUGACUGCAUUAGGAGGUGGUGCACCUCGGGAUCGUAGGACUAUCGAAGAGAUUCAGAAUGAUCUGGCAAGAACUAAGCUUCAAGCCGGAGGUCCUGUUUCGAGACCAGGAAAUAUGGCAAGCAGAUCCACUGUCGCCGAAGCGAAGCCUGUAACAUCUAGCGGUUCAAGGCUCGGAAACCAGAAGCCCAAAACAGCCACAAUAAAGGCCGCGCCAGAGCCCGAGCAGAAGAAACCGAAGCCAGCUCCUGGUCCAUCGGUUUCAGUAUUAGAUUUUAUCAAGCAGAAGAAUGGCGGAGGAGCAACACCACCCAAGAAGACAUCAAGCUCCAACGCCUCUGCAUACAAUCGUGCACGAGCAGCAGGGGCUCCACGCCGUCAUGACCCAUUUGAAGAGGAAGACGACGACAUGGACGACUUCAUUGCCGAUGAGGAUGAAGAGGAGGAAGAAGCUGAUAUCCGAAAUGAGAUCUGGAAGAUUAUGGGCAAAGACAAGCGCAAGUAUGCGGCUAUGGAUGUCAUGAGUGAUGAUGAAGAUAUGGAGGCUACUGGUGUUGAUGUCUGGCGCGAGGAGAGCAAGGCUGCGAGAUUGGCCAGACUUGAGGACGAGGAAGAAGAGAGGAGGGAGGCAGAGAGGGCGAAGCAGAAGCGAUUGAAGAAGUUGAGGAAGGACUGA